UUUUGCUUAACCCAACCCCUUAUAAACUCAAAAACUCUCUCCCAAACACUUCCAUUCCCUCUUCCCAACACAAUGGACCCAUGGCUCGACGAUCUCGCCGACGACCUCCAGAGCCUAAGCUUCGCCUCCACAGCCACCACCACUGCCACCGCCGACAUCAAACGGAGCACAAGCUUCGGCUCCGAAACCACCACCUUAACCGCCUCCACCUCCGCACACCUGCCAACGGCCCCAUCACACCCCGCCACAUCCAAACCCCACGCGCCCUCCUCCGACCCUCGCUGGGCCGCAAUCCACCGGAUCCGAUCAGAGUCCCCCAGCCGCCGCAUCCUCCCCUCCGACCUCCGUUUCUACCGUCGCUUAGGCGCCGGGGACAUAAGCUGCGUAUACCUUGCCGAGCUUAACGACGGCCCGGUGCCGGCGAUUUUCGCCGCAAAGGUGAUGGACAAGAAGGAGCUUGUGAGUCGCAGCAAAGAAGGGAGGGCGAGGACAGAAAGGGAAAUACUUGAAUUGUUGGAUCACCCUUUCUUGCCAACUCUUUACGCCGUCAUUGACGCCCCCAAAUGGCUCUGCCUCCUCACCGAGUUCUGCCCCGGCGGCGACCUCCACGUCCUCCGACAACUCCAGCCCAACAAACGCUUCCUCGAACCCGCCGUCAGGUUCUACGCAUCAGAGGUAUUGGUGUCAAUUGAAUACCUUCACAUGUUGGGGAUAGUGUACCGUGAUCUAAAGCCUGAGAACGUGUUAGUUCGAUCAGACGGUCACAUCAUGCUGACUGAUUUUGACCUCUCAUUAAAAUGUGAUGAUUCCAGACCAACGGCCCAGAUCAUCUCGGCUCAAAACUCUCCUCUCGUAGUUAAGGAACCCAAAGUUGAACCCUCUCAAUUCACCUCCUCUUCGUGCAUAUUACCCAACUGUAUAGUCCCUGCAGUGUCGUGUUUCCACCCAAAACGCAAGCGGAAGAAGAAGCAAAAAGAGCGUAGUGGGCCUGAGUUUGUGGCCGAGCCCAUUGAUGUUAGGUCCAUGUCAUUCGUUGGGACCCACGAGUACUUGGCUCCAGAGAUCGUGUCCGGUGAGGGACACGGUAGUGCCGUGGAUUGGUGGACCUUAGGGAUAUUUAUAUUUGAAUUGUUUUAUGGUGUCACACCCUUUAGGGGUAUCGACAAUGAGCUAACCCUAGCAAACAUUGUGGCUCGAGCACUUGAGUUCCCAAAGGAACCCACCGUGCCAACCAUAGCAAAGGACCUUAUCUCACAAUUAUUGGUUAAGGACCCUUCGAGGAGGCUAGGGUCAACAAUGGGGGCUUCCGCAAUCAAGCACCACCCAUUUUUUCAAGGUGUUAAUUGGGCAUUGCUAAGAUGUACAACACCACCCUUUGUGCCCCCACCUUAUACUAAAGAAGCUGUGUCUGAUGAAAGUUGUCCACAGACUCCAAUUGAUUAUUAUUGAUGAUGAUAGGUGGAGGAAAAGUACAGUUAAUAAGAUCAUAGUUCCACGAAAUUUAAUUAAUCAUUUUCCAUUUUUCCUCUUCUUCUUGUUCUUUUUCUUAGUUAAUUUUUUCACCACACUCGUGUCUUUAUAUUUAAGAGGCUUAAAUGGAAAAGUGUACUUGUCAACCAAUUAUGGUAAUUAAGCUUGAUGACAAGUAAUGGGGUGGAGUGGCGUGCCAUGUGGAAGACUUGAAACCGUACUUGGUUGGUGAUUUAUAAUGUGGUUGGUGUUAGAAGUUACACGUGAUUUUAAUAUUUUUGAUGAGUUUAUAUAGACAUUAAUAGGGGCUGUGAGAUAUUAAGGUCAACAGAGAUAUGGGCUACAACGAGAUCAGACAACGUAUGUAUAAACAAUGACAUUGACUUUGGAAGAGCUAGCUAGGACGAGAAAAGCGCGGUGGCAUCGCGUGGUCGGUUAUCUAAUUGAUCGAGGACGGGUCCGGGGUUGCUGAGAGCCACGUACAAGACCAUGCCAUUUUAUGUUUUUUGUGGCAUUCUUAUUUGUGAAGAACAUGCAUCAGACCACGUGAAAUGUCGUGUUUUACGUGUACAUGACAAAUGUGGGUCUUGGUUGGAGCCACUAGCUGGUGAUUAUUGAGAAUCAUCCUUCCUUUUAUAUUUCUGAUCAUUUAGGAACUUCUAAGAAACAAACGGUUCUGUCUGAUUGGCUUUGAAUAUUAACCAGCUGCCGGAGGUGUCUGUA